AUGAAAGGAAGACAUCAAUUUAAAAGAAGGUUUAGUCUUCAACCUUCUUUUACAAAAGAUGAUUCGAAUGAAGAAAAAUCACCUCGUUUACACGGACGACGAGCUGAUAAAAAUUUCGAAAGAGAAUUUUCGGAAACGAGUAGCGGAGGAAAUGGCGAACCCCUGGUCAAUAAUAUAAAAUAUAAAAUUGUCGUUAUGGGUCCUUCCCGUACUGGAAAAUCUUCCAUAAUACAACAAUUUCUUUACAAAACAUUUUCUCCUAAAUAUAAAAGAACGAUUGAAGAAAUGCAUCAUGGAGAUUUUGAAGUGAAUGGUAUACACAUAACACUUGAAAUAUUGGAUACAUCUGGAGAAAAUGAAUUUCCAGCAAUGAGAAAUCUUUCAAUAUCGAACGCUGAUGCAUUUAUAUUGGUUUAUGAUAUUUGUGAUUCUUCGACAUUUGAAAGUCUUCAAUCGAUAAGAAAUGAAAUUUUGGAUAUAAAAAAACCAUCAAACGUUCCCAUUGUCGUUGUUGGUAAUAAAUUGGAUCUCGAAGAGAAGAAAAGAGAGGUUGAUUUUAACACGACGGAAUCGGUGGUGACCGUAGAUUGGGAAAAUCGUUUCGUUGAAGCAUCUGCAAAAGACGGUACAAAUAUAUCGCAAAUAUUUAAAGAAUUAUUGAGUCAAGCAACGGGAAAAUAUAAUUUAAGUCCCGCGUUGAGAAAUAAACGAAGGCAAUCACUUCCGUCGUCAAACGGAAACGGAAGAGGUGACGGUGGUUCGGGUACUCAAAAUUCUUCUUCUGCUAUACCAUCAUUUAUACAACUUCAACAAUUGGAACAAAUAAGAGAAAAACAAACGUCAAAUGCAAAACGUAAUUCUUGUAUUUUAUCUUAA